GCUAACUUUCGGGAAUUGUAAGCACGGCUUUGAGCCAUGCCGUGCCCACCUGGUUGCCCUUCUAUUUGUGGGGUUGCGGGAUGCGUGGAGCACGUGGACUCGCCGACGUGGGAUCCAUGGCGAGGUAUCUACGUUGCCCGAUGCUUGCGGUCAACCGGGCGCAUUUCCUACCACCAGGUUUACUAUGAUCCGAAGACGCUGAUAUGGACAUGGACCAGCAGGAUUUCGAAUGCGGUGCCCAAGCUCAAGGAGAAGGUCCCUUGGCUGGUGGUGGACGGACGAUGGAUGGGCAUUAACUGUGGAAGUGACGUGUUUGAUCAUGUUGCCUGUGGUUUUUUCUUCGGAACUUGGAUCCAUGAUGGUUAUGGAUGACCCAUGCAUACGGUGGAGCCCAUGAUAGGCUAUCCGCAUCUAUCCGCGAAUUAUGCCUGGCCAAUCCUGGCCAUCACUUAGAAUUGCCCAAGCCAAGCCCCAA